AUGUCGGGAGACGUCGGCGAUCAGGUCCGGGUGGAGGCGACCGCCGCCGCGGACGAAGUCACCGCGGCCCUCCAGACAUUCCUCAAGGAACCCGGAACGGCCGGGAGUGACCUCGACAAGGGCCAGCGGCGGCGCAUCGUCGACGCCGCGCAAAAGCUGAUCUCUGCGGUCAAGGACCCGGGCGAUGAGUGGUUCGAUGCGACGGCGCAGGUUGCGCAGAUGGGUGCGAACAGGCUGUUUUGGGAGUGGAAGGCCUACGACCACAUCCCACCUGAGGGGAGUAUCUCAUAUGUAGAGCUCGCCAAGAAGGUUGACGCCGAGGGGUCUUUGAUACGGAGAAUCGGAGGUGUGCUCACGUCGAUGGGUAUUCUGGCGCAAGUGGGCGAUGACGCUGUUGCUCACACAAAGCGCUCGCGCAUCUACACCGACGGUCAACCCGCUGGCCAAAUCGUCGGCAUGGCCUGGGAAAAUGGCAUGGUGCCGUACGUCCAAAUGCCAGCAUACUUUGAGAAGUACGGCCGCAAAGAACCGCAAACGCUCAACCACGUCCCAGGCACCUUCGCCUACGGCGUGCCAGAGUACGGCUGGUACGAAAUGCUGCAGCACGACCCGCCACGCAUGCAGCGCUUCCUGCGCGCCAUGGGUCCCAUCGAAGAGAAGAUGCCCAUCUCGGGCAUCUACGACUUCACGUGGGUUGUCGACUACGCCAAGGCGAACCUGACGGACCGGGCGGUGUUCGUCGACGUCGGCGCCGGGCGGGGCCAGUCCAUCAAGGCGAUCCACAAGGAGAACCCGGAGCUGCCGCUAGACCGGUGCGUGCUGCAGGACCGGCCGGAGGUGGUGGAGGCCGUGAAGCAGCUCGAUGACGCCGACAUGAGACUCGUCAGGAAGCAGGUCAUAGAUUUCCACAAGGAACAACCCGAAAAAGGCGCUCUUACAUACUGGAUCAGGCGGUGUCUGCACAACUACGGCGACGAGCUCGCCGUCAACAUGCUCCGCCUCAUCGCGGACGCCAUGGCCGCGGACAGCCGGCUGCUGAUCCAGGAGGACGUGAUGGGCAACCCGCCGCAUUACACCUCCACGAUGCUGGACUUCAUGAUGUUGACGUUCGGCGGCAAGCAGCGCACGCUCGAGUGCUGGACCGACGUCCUGGGCCGCGCGGGGCUGGAGAUUCGCAGUGUGGCGAAGGGCCAGGGGCCGUGGAGGCAUCUGGCCGUGAUCGAGUGCGUCAAGGCUGGGCAGAAGUGA